AUGGGAAACGUGUCUCUGCUCAGCACGGAUGAGCCUGACACCACGGCUUCGCAGGGGCUGGCACAGGAGGAUGAUGGCUCUGGAAGCGCAGACGAGCAGCUCCUGCCGGCGCCGCUGAGCCCGGUGUCUUCUGAUGCAGAGGCAGUUGAGGACAGCAGGCCGCUGGAAAGCGUAGAAGACGCUACCACACCGUCUGUCAAGAGAGCAUUGUCCACGGCUCGCGCAGAGAACACGAAGCGAAGCAAAGCAAGCCAAGGAGAACAUAUUGAGCGAGAGCUAGUGGCCGUCAGUGAUGGUUUGCGUGCCAUCGGUGAGCGCAUAACUUCCAGCACUACUGAGCAGAACAAGACAAACGAAAUGUUGAACGCGAUUCGUGAACAAACGAAUUCUAUUCAAGCACUGCUUCAAUUCUUGAAAAACAAGGACAACUAG